UUUGAAUAAAAAAAUGGAAGAGGAAGAAAAGGAGGAAGAAGAAGAAGAAAAUAAAUUAAAUAAUAGCUCUGAAUACACACAUUUAAAUGAAUUAUUUAAAGGAAAACAACAACAACAAAUAGAACAACAACAACCUUCAACUAGUGGAGAAAAUAAUAAUUUUAGAUAUUCUUUUAAAAAUGGAGGUGAUGAAGUUAGCGUUGCUGGGACAGAUUUUAACGAACCUUGGGAUUCAAAUGCUUGGGAGAAUUUAUUGGAAAUAGCCAAAUUUGGGGACGCAAAAACAGAAAUUCCUCUUUUGAGUGAAAAACCGAGAAGAAGACGAAGCAGUUGUGAUACUUCCUCAAUUUCUUCUGAUGGUUCUACUUGGAGGAGAAGUUCUCCUUCUUCUGAGGACGAUAAUAAUGAUGAUAACGAAUAUUUAAAUAAAAAGAAAGAAAAUGAAAAUAAAAAAGAAAAUUUUGAAGAAGAAAAAGAAAAUAAUUCAACAGAUGAUGAUAUUAAUGUUGCUGAAGAAGCUGUUGCUAUGGCUGUUGUUUUAGCGGGAAAUGGAACUUUACCUAAUAGAAAAAAGCCUAGACCUAUGGAAUGGUUAUGUGAAGAAGAAUUGUUGGAAAAUGAGGAAGAGGGGGAGGAGGAAGAAAAUAAAGUAAAAUUUGGGAAAAAAUUUUUGAAAGUUAAAGUAGAUAAACAUUAGCUAUUUGAUGGAAAUAUAAUUCGGGUAGAUGGAGUUAUAAAUUAUGGAGUUAUAAAUUAUGGAAAGAAUGGUGUAAGAAUGAUUCACCUGAAGCGUUUAAAAAUCUUAAACGGGGGUUAAAGAUCUAAGAGGAUAACAGAGAAAGCAUUAGGAUUCCGAUAGCUUAGUGGAGCACCUGCAUUUGUGAAGGCCGAGCGAUCACUGUCAGCGCUGUCGCAGGUUUGAAUCCUUCCUGUGGCCAAACUUGCUAAACUAUUAAAGACGA